AUGACUUUAUUACGUACUCUCGAAGGAAAUGCUCCUGCACAACCUGAUGAUAUAAAGUUGAAAAGCAGCGUUUUGACCUGGCGUAGCUUUAUUUUAGAUGCUACACUGUCUACUUCUGAGUCUGCCGGUGAUAUGUCAUUGGGCGCUAAAUUGUUUCAGUGUCUACAAGACCUUUGUGAUAAAGCUGAAAAUGCGGUGCUACAUGACAACGUGGAUUUAUUGGUAAUUUCUGAUAGAGCCUGUGGUGCAGAUCGACUCCCUGUGCCAAUAUUACUGGCUGUUGGGGCAGUGCACCAACGUCUGAUUCGACGUGAACUUCGUAUGAGAGUUGGAAUUAUUGUUGAAACUGGUGAAUCAAAAGAAGUUCAUCAUUUCUGUACACUUAUUGGUUUUGGUGCAGAUGCAAUAUGUCCUUAUCUAAUAUUCGAAUCUGUUUCACGUUUGAACUGCGAAGGUCUUCUGAUAUCGGACACAAAUGUUAACGAAGAAGAACUAUAUUCAAGUUUCAUAUCAGCUGUUGAACGUGGUAUUCUUAAAGUUAUGGCUAAAAUGGGGAUCUCAACACUGCACAGUUACAAGAGUGCUCAGAUAUUUGAAGCUGUUGGCCUGGCACAGUCUGUGAUUGAUAUGUGUUUCUGUGGAGCAAUGAGCCGUGUAGGUGGUGCAGAUUUUGAAAUUUUAGCCAGAGAAGUUACGGCACGUCAUCGAUUAGCCUAUCCAGAAUGCCAGACAAUGUGCACAAAAGUACUUGACAGCCUUGGUCAGUUUGGAAAUAAUCCUGGGUUUUAUCAUUGGAGACAAGGUGGAGAAAAGCAUAUGAAUAGUCCAGAAACAAUAGCCAAACUACAAGCGGCAUCUCGUAACAAUAGUCAUGAAGCUUAUAAAAUGUUUGUACAGGCUUCUGAUGAAUGUUCCCGUCAUUGUACUCUACGUGGACAAUUAGAUUUUCACUAUGCAGAAAAGCCAGUACCCUUAGAGUUGGUUGAAUCAGCUGCAGAGAUUGUAAAACGUUUCUCUACAGGCGCAAUGAGUUUGGGAAGUAUUUCUUCAGAGGCUCAUACGGCUCUAGCUAGGGCUAUGAAUAAAAUUGGUGGACGCUCGAACACUGGUGAAGGAGGUGAACGACCUGAACGGUAUAAGAAUACUGAAAUAUGUUCAGCCAUAAAACAGGUUGCUUCUGCACGUUUCGGUGUGAAUAGUUCAUACUUGGCUCAUGCUGAGAUGCUACAAAUCAAGAUGGCUCAAGGCUUGAUUAGUCCACCACCACACCACGAUAUCUACUCUAUUGAAGAUCUAGCUCAGCUUAUUUAUGAUCUAAAAGCUGCCAAUCCAUUUGCUGUAGUCAGCGUGAAACUGGUUUCUGAAAUCGGAGUUGGCGUAGUCGCUGCCGGUGUGGCCAAGGCUCGUGCUGCGCAUAUUACAAUUUCUGGUCAUGAUGGUGGCACGGGUGCUAGUAGUUGGACAGGGAUCAAACAUGCUGGACUGCCAUGGGAGUUAGGUAUUGCAGAAACUCAUCAGUGCUUAACUAGCCAACAAGCUCGUUCUCGGGUUAAACUGCAAGUUGAUGGACAAAUACGUACAGGGCGAGAUGUAAUUAUAGCCUGUAUGUUGGGAGCCGAUGAGUUCGCGAUGUCAACAGCACCACUCAUUGUACUAGGCUGCACAAUGAUGCGUAAAUGUCAUCUGAAUACAUGUCCAGUGGGAAUAGCCACACAAGAUCCUGUUUUACGAAAGAAGUUUGCCGGUAGCCCAGAACAUGUAAUCAAUUAUCUGUUUCUUCUGGCUGAAGAGGUCAGACAGUAUUUGAGUCGCUUAGGUGUGACUUCAUUAAGAGAGAUUGUUGGGCAUACAGAAUACCUCAAGCAAAGAAGCUUGGGACAAACUACAAAAUCUCAACUGAUUGACCUGGGUCGUUUAUUGAUAAAACCUGAACCAGACGAGAUGCACUACGGUUCUCUGAGACAGAGUGAUUCAGUGAGAGAUUUCCGUGAAAAUCCAACAACAUUAUCAUUUGCAGACCUGUUACCAGCUGAUCGUCGUCUAGACAUCAUUAUAUUACGCGCUGCUUACAAGUUGAUCGAUACUCCAGUAGAGGUGGAACUCAGUCCAUCUGAAUCCGUUGUACAUGUCAACGAAUCAAUCUUCAAUUCAGAUCGUACUGUCGGCACUACACUGAGUUACGCAAUUUCAGCUGCUUUUGAUGAAACUGGAUUGUCAAAUGAUAGGCGGAUUAUGGUCAAUCUGACUGGGAGUGCAGGUCAGAGUUUUGGUGCUUUCCUUGCUAGAGGUGUUCACAUGCACCUAGAAGGUGAUGCUAACGACUACGUGGGCAAAGGUUUAUCCGGUGGACACAUUACAAUCGUCCCACCAAAAGAUUUAUUAAAUGAGGGGUUCAAAUCUGAAGACAACUUGAUCGUUGGCAAUGUUUGCUUGUAUGGUGCUAUAGAAGGAUGCCUUUUCUUAAGAGGACAAGCAGCUGAACGUUUCUGCGUACGUAAUUCUGGAGCUACUGUUGUUGUAGAAGGCGUUGGUGAUCAUGGGUGUGAAUAUAUGACUGGUGGUCGUGCUGUUAUACUUGGUCGAACUGGACGCAAUUUCGCUGCUGGUAUGUCAGGUGGUCUUGCCUUUGUAUAUGAUCCACUCGGAUUGAAUGGAGAUUUUGCACCAAAGUGUAAUAUGGAAUUAAUCGAUUUGGAACUUAUGGAUUCUCAGAAUAAAUACGCUGGAUGGCUUAAAGAAACAUUGAUGGAAUUCGUUGAGAAAACUGAAUCACAGGUUGGAUCAAAGAUUCUGGCCAAUUGGGAUGAAUCAAUUGAACAUUUUAUACUUGUAUUUCCACGUGAUUAUAGAAAAGCUUUGGCUAAACUUGAAGUUUCUUCUCUUACUACCGUUGAAUCGAACGUACAACAGACUAAUACACUAACGAAUGCUGCUGAAAAUGGAAAAGAUAGUGGUCACUAUACCAAAGAUAUUGAAGAUGUGGUUGGUGAUGAGCCUGCCGAGAAAUUGGACAAAGUACGCGGUUUCGUAAAGUAUGCCAGACAAAAACAAAAUUAUCGUCCAGUUGAAGAACGCAUAAAUGAUUGGGAGGAAGUUUAUGCACAAAAGGAAAUACGUAAAGGCUUGGUGAAACAAGCUGCUCGUUGCAUGGACUGUGGUGUACCAUUCUGUCAGUCAUACGUUGGGUGUCCUCUUGGCAAUCUUAUUCCAAACUGGAAUGAUUUAGUGUUCAGGGGUGAUUGGCACGCUGCUCACAUCGCUUUAACACAAACCAACAACUUCCCUGAAUUUACGGGUCGUGUAUGUCCAGCUCCCUGUGAAGGUGCAUGUGUCUUAGGCAUAAACGCUGAUCCGGUUACCAUAAAGCAUAUUGAAUGUACUAUUGCUGAUUCUGCCUGGGAAAAUGGAUGGCUACAUCCUAUUCCUGAUGAGAAUCGAAUACCGACUGGGAAACGUGUUGCAGUUAUUGGUAGUGGACCAUCAGGUUUGGCCUGUGCAGAUCAACUCAACAAGGUUGGACAUGAUGUUACAGUGAUUGAGCGCAGAAAUCUUCCAGGUGGUUUAUUACGUUAUGGUAUUCCAACUAUGAAACUUUCUCGAGAAGUUCUAGAUCGUCGAUUAAACUUGAUGAAGGCUAGUGGCAUUAAGUUUGAGGUUAACACACGUGUUGGUCAUGAUGGUCAAUCUCCAGAACCAAGAGACCUAAAUUCUAUCUGCCGUCCCCACUCAGAAGAAGAGAAUGUUUGGCCAGCUUCAAAACUACUCAAUGAAUUCGAUGCUAUAGUUUUAUGCCUGGGUGCAACUUGGCCUCGUGAUAUAAACAUUCCAGGUCGUCACCUCGAGGGUAUUCAUUUUGCCAUGAGUUUCCUUGAACGUUGGCAACGUCUUCAACACACGAAGAAGAUUAAGAAGACAUAUAUUGACCUUCAGAAUAAUGAUGAUAUUGAUUGUGAUUCUGUGGCUGCUUUAGCCAAAGGCAAACGUGUGGUUGUACUUGGUGGAGGAGAUACCGGUGUUGACUGUAUUGCUACAUCCGUGCGUCAAGGAGCUGAACACAUACGUGUGUUCGAGAUUCUUCCACCACCUCCACCCAAUCGCGAUGUGAACGAAAAUCCAUGGCCUGAAUGGCCUCGUAUAUGGAGAGUAGAUUAUGGACAUGCAGAAGUGGCUGUUCGUAUAAACGGUGAUCCAAGACAAUUUAAUACAAUCACUAAAGAGUUUCUUGAUAAUGGUAAUGGAUCAGUAGGUGGAAUCCGUACAGCCAAAGUCCAAUGGACUAAAUCAGAUACUGGUAGAUGGAUAAUGAAUGAAAUACCAGGCUCUGAAGAAACAUUCGAAUGCGAUCUAGUUCUGUUAGCAAUGGGAUUUUUAGGACCGGAAACGCAGCUCAUCAAAGAGCUGGAACUGAAUAUGACUACCCAGUCAGUGAUUCAAGUCGUACCUGAUCGACCAUAUACAACAAACAUUCCAAAAGUAUACGCGGCUGGAGAUUGUCGACGUGGUCAGUCACUAGUGGUGCACGCAAUAAAUGAAGGAAGACAAGCAGCGCGUCAAGUGGACCUUGAUUUAAUGGGCAAAACUCAACUUCCAGGUCCUGGUGGAAUAAUAAAGACUGCAAAUUUAAGAUAG